AUGAUGAAGCUGUUUGCGCCCGUGCCUCAACGACUGGUUAACAUAGCAAGCCUGAUCGAAGCCUUCGCCAAGGACGCCAAGGACGCCAAGGACUCCAAGGACGCCACGGACGCCGCAGUGAGAGAAGUCUGUGCAACGUGCCUGCGGUGGUCGAGCCUCACGUUCGGAAUCAAGGAACUGAGGAUCCAGUACGCGGUCGACGCGGAGAUAGCCCGUUUCGCGAGGCUGUUGUCGAUCGAGAAGAAUCAGAGGUACGAUCUGGAGAGCAUCAACAAGAACCACACCAACAUGCAGAAGAACUACAAGGACAUCAGGAAGUCGCAAGAAUGUGUGACCAAGCUCGAGGAGCGGAUGCUGCAGCUGGAGACGAUCGUCGCUUCGCUCAGGUCGUCGGAUCCAUCGUCAUCGUCGUCGUCUACGCCAUCGUCAUCGCCACCGCCACAUCAAUCAAAGAAGGUCGUGUACAAGCCGCGGCCUCGUCCGACCUCUAAGUCUUCGUCAACUAAAUCUGCACCCGUGCAGCAAACCACGAACGAGAUGAAGGUGGCGCACAUGCGGAGCGUGUCGGCGCAGCUCCAGCUCGAUCGUACGGCGCUGAUCGCCUUCAACAAGAAAAACAUGGCGUUGCCCGAGAGCGAGAGGCACGUCUGGGACAAGAGGGUGAAGAGGAAGGACGGCAGCGUCGUCGUCCAGCGGUUGGACAGGAUCGUCGACAACGCCAGCCUGGACUGCUUGCUGAGAAACGACGCCCUGAGGGCCGUGGUCAACGGCAUGCUUGUCGGCGACGGCGGGCCGGAGCUGAGCAUGACGUCGACGAUCCGCACGAAGUACCGGGUGUUCCUCCGAGACGGCAAGCUCACUACGAUCAGCGCGCAGUUCAAGGGCGGCGUCGGGACCGAGUACCUGUGGACGGAGGACGCCGCGCUCCCACGGCCGUCCGCGGACUGGAUGAAUGGCACGAGGCGCCGAAUGGAUCCGCGCAGGGCUGACGCCGAACCCCGGACCAUGGCGCUGUGGGUUCCCGAAGAAGAAGUUUGUGAGGGGGAGGAGGAAGGAGCCGUGCCGCAGGAGGGGGGUGGCGACGGAGACGACAGCGGCAGUUCGAGUGACAGCUCGAGUGACAGCUCGAGUGACAGCAGCGACGAUGACAGCAACGACGGCAACGACGGCAACGGCAACGACGGCAACGAAGGUGACAACAACGACGACAACAACGACGACAACGAGAGCGGGCGUGUCGAUGAACCUGUGCAGAAGGAUGGUGUUGGCGAGGGUGGUGCAGAGAGUGUAGCACAUGGUGCAGAGAGUGUAGCACAUGGUGCAGAGAGUGUAGCACAAGGUGCAGAGAGUGCAGCACAAGGUGCAGAGAAUGCGGAGAGUGUGGGAGACGAGUCAAUCGUUGGCCUUAAGCGCGCUUUGGACGCAGCAGUAGCGGGAGACACGUCUUCGAACUCGGAGUCGGAGUCGGAGUCGGAAUCAGUGUCGGAGUCAGAGUCGGAGUCGGGCGCGCCCAAGAGGCCGCGCGUAAUGUAG